AUGGCUGAUUUUCUAAAAUCAAGUUUGAAGCUCUACCUUAAGCAGGAAGUUUCCGUCACAUGUCGUUUUGUUUAUCCCGAUCCAGUCGUUAUAUUCACAAUGAUCUGAUGAAAUCCUGAAGAGGAGUCCAUUUAAAUCACUUACAUCACUGUUAAUAGACGUGUAUAUACAUUUAUAAUUGAGAUUUUAAGGUUGUGCUUCUUUAAUCAUCAGGAAGUAAGUUUCUCUCAUCAUCUCACUGAAAACUCCACAGCAGUCUGAACCUCCUGGCAGAGGCAACCAGGAGAGAUUUUGACUGAAAUAUUCUGGUACAUAGCAGAAUUCUUGAUGCCUCCUUAUUUUUUUUAUUUAUUUUUUAUUUAUUUAUUUAUUUUUUGUUAAUUUAAAUUGUGAAAAUUACUACAUGUCGAUGUUCUUUGUCAUUUGAUAGUGCAUCACCUUUAAUAAUUGGCACUGUUUAAAAGAGUAUCAAAUGCUGAAAGUUUGUACACACGCUCAAACACUUGGAGAGUUCUGGAGUACAGCAGCAAGAACAUGGGCUUGUGAAUAUUUUGCUAUUAAUGUUGUUUUGAAGUAGGAUAGAUCUUCCGUUUUGAUGGAUGCUAGGACCACCUAUAUCACCUGUAAGAAGAGUUUAAAUGAAUAAUAAUAGUAAUAAAAAGACUAGGUGAGAAAGGCCCAAGGGUCGUAUAGCCUACAAGCAAUGACCUUUUUAUUUGGUUAAAAAAAAAUCCAGAAAAAGUUAUCUUGGCUAAAGUAUAAGGGCAGACGCCAGUGGAUAUUUGUGUAUUCAUGAAGUAGCAGCCAGUUAUCAUCGAGUUCUAAGGAGCUGCUGACUCGGAGCCCAUUUGAACGAUGGCAGAAUCAAUUCCCAUUCUUUACCCGUCUCAAGUCACCAAUGGAAAAAGCUCCUCAAAGAAAGACCACGACCCUAUACUCGGACAUAUAAAAAAAAAAAGAGGUCAGUGGCAUCUUAUUUUCUACAGAAGACCCGGACCCAUUAUCCAGCAGUAAUCAGAACGGGCGUCAGUAAUGGAUGGAAACUGCAGGUCUAAGAAGAGGAAGAUUCAGAAGCCAUGAUAACAAUCGACCUAUAUACAACAGAACAGGUUUCUUUUUUUAUACGGGGAAAUCUAAAACAGUUUGAACAGAACUUUCUGCUAAUUAAAGAGGAAGCUAAGCUAAACAAAAGCCUUAAGACACCCAGCGAAGAGAUCUCCAUUCGACACGGCGCCUUCACCAACGUGAAGGAGGAGUUCACGAAGAUGGAACUGGUGCAGCUGAGAGAGGCGGUGCAUGGUGGGGUAGCACAGCAGACUGAUCAAACCAGGAUGGAAGAGGAUUACAGGAAAGAAAAAUAGGGAUGCUAAUGAAAGAAAUGAAGGAACUGAAACUCUUACACACUCUCUCUCUCUCUCUCUCUCUCUCUCGCUGAUGAGACAAACAAGCACUUGGCUAAGGACCAGGCUCCUAACCUGUUCUGGUAUGGAGGAGCUUGCCCGGCGCUACGUCAUGGACUCCCCCCAGUUCCAGGACGCCCGAGAGAUUCUGGUAGCAGCGCUGCAGAAGUUCGCCGAUGACGUCUUCGGCGUUUCAGCAACGCAGUGGUGGAGGUGGUGAUGGUGAAGACGUUCGAGACACCACUGACCAGGAAGUCGCGCUCCAUCCUGGAGGCUAAGCAGAUUAGUAACCCGGGAAGCCCCUACAACCUGGCCUACAAGUACAACUUUGAAUACGCCGUCGUGUUCAACAUCGUGCUGUGGCUCAUGAUCGUGUUGGCUCUCGCCGUCAUCGUCAUCUCGUACAACCUGUGGAACAUGGACCCGGGCUACGACAGCAUCAUCUACAGGAUGACCAAUCAGAAGAUCCGCAUGGACUAACCUUGCAUUCCAUCGCAGUGUUAUUGUGUGUUGUGUAUUGUGUGUGUGUGUGUGUGUGUGUGUGUGUGUGUAUAUAUACACACAGGUUUCUCACUUCCAUUCAUCCCAUACGUCAAGUGUUUGUGUGUGUAUAUAGCUCUAAAACGUCAGUUUGUGAAUAUUUAUUGAUGCCUGCUAUUUUGUUGAAAAUCUAAAUGAAUACAUAUAUAAUAUACACACAGCGGAUGAAUGAAUUCGAACGAAAUCGCGCUCAAGUGUGGUGGGGUGUGGUGUUCCUGAUCUAGCUACGUGUUGAAUCAGCUGUAUUUAUUAUUGUUUUGUUUUUUUAUUCCUGAUACACUGGACCGUAAUAUCUGAUACUGAUGUAAUGUGGGUGGGGUGAUGCACAAAAAUUGCAUGCAGUAAAACUUCACCUAGGUGUGAUGUUAAAACUAGGAGAUCGUUGGCGUAGUUUUAUUUGGAAAAGUCAGACAGAGUUGGGUAAAAAAAUGUUAGAAAUAUAAUUGUUUGAUCUGACACGCAGCGAUUGAAGGGCAAAAUGGUAGAUGUGAUAUUUUUAACUUGGCUUAACCUCAGCUCUCCAUCACCCGGUAUGUUCAGCUGAAACUUCUUGUCCUCCGACCAUAAAGUGAACUUUAGCCGAAUUGUUUUACCGACAAGUGUAGAGGUGCAAAGUUCAUUUGUUACCAAAUAAAGUUUUCUGAUACGGUCA